UUAAACGUCAGGGUCUAUUAACCAAUUUAUAAUUUUUAAAUAAAUUAUAAUAACUUUGCUUAUGUAUUUUUAUGUUAAAAAUUACUUUAAACAAUCAUCAUGUGGAAGUGCCAUAAAUGUGGCAAGCCAGUUUAUUUUGCUGAACGAAAACAGUCGUUAGGAUAUGAUUGGCAUCCAGAAUGUUUACGCUGUGAGGAGUGCGGUAAACGUUUAAAUCCUGGACAACAUGCAGAGCAUAAAGGUGUACCGUACUGUCAUGUACCAUGUUAUGGUGCUUUAUUUGGUCCACAAUUAUUUGGGCAUGGUACUCGAGUCGAAUCUCAUAAAAGUUUUGGGCAAAAUAAAUUUACGCGUGCUAAUACUGGACCAAUAUUGCCUAGGAGUCAUUUAGAAUCUAAAUUAAAGGUAUUUAAUCAAUUUUAUGAUGGUCGAGCUUUAGAAAUACGUAGUCGUGAAGUAAAUGGUCGAUUGGUGUUAGAAGGUGCUUUAAGAAUACAUUGGGGUGUACGUGGCCUUAUACAUUUAAAAGAAGAUGACGAUCAACGUACAGUUGUUACUGUACGUAAACGAAACUCAUGUCGAAUUUCAACUAAUAUGGGAAAUGACGCAGAUGUACCAAUUUUCAAUUCCAAUAACGAAAAAUCGAAUUUAGAAAAUAAGGAAAUCACAAUCAAUAAUUUAGAUCAAGAUAUUGCCGAUCUGUCAAUUGCACAAGAUACGGAAGAUAAUUCAUCAGUUACAACGGAUGCAACAGAUACAGCAGAUACAUCGUUAGAUACAUCAUCUAAUUGUGUAAAAAGUUAUACGUUACCACCAAAAUUGGAUAUUAAAAAUAUGGAAUGGGAUGAACUAGAUGAUCUUUUACAAGUUGAACGUAAAGUCGAAACAUCAUCAAAAUUGUAUCAAACAAUGCCCGUAUUAAAGUCAUCAUCACAGUCUUCCAAUUGUUCACCAACACAAAGCAGUUCAUUUGAAUCACCAACAAUAAGCAGUGAUUUAAGUGAUGACAUUAGUCCUAGUGAUCAGAGUUCCAGUUUAUUGGAACUUAACGGAUGUGGUACAUUAAAACGUAUCAAAAAUUAUGAGAAAAAAAUUGAAAAACAGAAUUCAUUGGACGGUGGCGUAGGCACAAUCGCAUAUCAAAAAUUAGAUAAUAUCAAUAUGUCAAUUAGUCAAGAUGAUAGUUGGAUCGAAAAAGGAUUGAAUCGUUCAAUGUCGGGACCAGAUUGUUUGGAGCGUAGUCGAACUCAACAAGAUUCUGAUACGGAUUGCGAUGAGAGUUUAUCACAGGAAACAGUUAGUUUGAAUAAUGAACAUAUUUCAAAACCACGACACGGAUCAACUGCAAUUCGUAGACGGCCCGGGGCACGUCGUUCACGUACGAAAUUAAAACGACGUUGUUCAAUUAAUGGGCAUUUUUAUGAUCGUGAAACGAGUAUAUUUACACCGCCACAUGGAAGUCAAAUGAGUGUGUGGGUUACAUCGUUAGUAAAUACACAAGAAGUUAUUAACUUGAUGUUGGAAAAAUACAAGGUUGAUAGUGAUCCGGAAAAUUUUGCUCUGUUUGUCGUUAGAGAUAAUGGAGAACAACGUCGCUUAAAAGAUGAUGAAUAUCCGUUGCUUGUAAGAGUUUUGUUGGGACCACAUGAAGAUGUUGCAAAAUUAUUUAUAUUCGAUAGGCAUAAUUCGGAUGAAGUGAGUUCUGAAGUCGCACAAUUUUUAAAUUUAUCUGUAGUUGAAUGUCGUGCAAUUCUACAACAAUAUCGUGUACAAGAAGAACGUGAAAUUCAGCGAAUAAUUUCCAAAUAUCAAGAAACUAAGAAACGUAUCAAACAGAGGAUGGAAGAAUUAAAAGUGAGAUUGUGAUUUAACUCAAAUGAAUUACAUUAUAAGA